CGGAUUUAUUUUGACAAGAGAGUCUAGAGACGAUAACAACCAAACAUCAAUUAUUAUUUAUUAUUCAUAUCCAUUAGUUUUAGGUGACUGUAGCCCGUAUCUACGAUUCGAAAAUAUUCGGUAUAUAUGUUUUAAACCUAUAGAAAAACUUCCUAUCAAUAAAAUCUAAUACCGCAAAUACCAAGAAUGUCUGAAAAUAUUAUCUUAGAAGGCAAUUUGGAUAUGCUCCAUAGUUUGUAUGAUUUCAAAGCUACGUAUCCCAGAACACUUAGUUUCAGAAAUAAUGAAUACUUCAUUCUGAAUCAGGUUAAUAUGAGGAAAAAAAAUUGGUGGGAAGUAAUAAAUGGCAAAGGAGAAACAGGUUAUAUUCCCUCUAAUUAUGUGGAAACAAUAACAGUAAACCCUUCAUUUUACCUGCAUUUUGUUGAAAGCUGUUUGGAUUCACUGUCUAGAAGUGAUGAAUGUAUGCUGAGUACAACAACUGAUAAAAAAAAAACAAUAAAAAAAUUAAAAGAAAUACAGAAACAAAUAGAGCAGCUUCCUGAAAUACAAAGGAGCACUGUUGGGUCACAGGGAGAUAUGCCACCAUUGAUCUUUCAAAAUUCUGAUGGUCAGCUUGAAAUAAACGUGGAAUCUAACUGCAGUUUGGAAAAAAAUAUUAAUGAGGAUACCAAACCUGUUAUAAAAAGAAUGUCCAGUCGAGACAGCAUGAGAAAGUCAUUAGAAAAUUUGCAAGAAUCUAAAUCAGAUAGCUUAUCUAUACAACGAAGAAAAUCUUUAACAAAUAAUUGUUAUAGCAUUUCUCCUGCCAUAACACAUCAAAGUGUAUAUGACUUAGUAGAAAGUGUAAGAAUCAAUACUGAAUUAUCCCAUGAAAUGUCAAAGAUUGCAUUAGGUACAGUUAUUCAAGGAUUACAUGAAUUAUUACCUGCAUCUGUAUUUCCAUAUCUCAGUACUAUUCAAUCUCACAUCGAAACACCUUUGGUGGUAGAUGAUUUUCAAAUUGAACAAACACAUGAUGCAAGUAGAUUGAGAUUAAUUUUCAAUGAACUGACUUCUUGUAAAGAAGAUUCUCAACAAAGGAGUUGGAUGUUACAUGAAGAUGAAGCUACAAUUACUGAAUAUAUUAAAGAACUUAUUUCCAUUCUGUCUAAUGCCGAUGCCAGUAUUUCUAGACAUGUUAUUUCAUAUGAUCACUAUCACUGCAUCACAACGCUAAUUCAGUAUUACCAAAUGGAAAUUAGAUGGUCCAUAAGGCAGCUUCUUCUACAAGCAUUCGGUGUACUAUGUAGUCUUGACAAAACGGUGGUAGAUAUCAUGUUGAACUCGGUUUUACCAGGGGAACUUGCAAGAGAUAUGGUGGUCAAUUCAAGGAAUAUUCCGAAAUUAAAUUAUUCAUGUCUCCUCCUCACUAUGAUUUUUUCUAUGGGUCUUCCAAUGCCGGUGACAAAUCUAGAUCUGCUUGGAGUUCAGUUUCUUAAUUUCAUACUAGAUAAUAUCGAAAAUCCUCCAGACACAGAUGUGGAUGAUCAAAUACCAGAUUUAUUUUUGAAUUUCGUCAUAUCCUUCAAUCUGCAAUUUCAAGACUAUCAAGAUAAUCCAGUGAUGCUUGCUCUAUCUGAGAGGAAAAUAGCCAAAUUUUUUACAGAGAAAUCACUAUUGCUACUUAACAGAGAAGAGGAUCCAAUCAGAAUAUUUGACCACACUCCUGCUCCACCACAUUCACUACUGAAAUUAUUCAUUGAUCUAUUCAAUGGUCAAGAUACUGCAAAUUUGUUUUAUACAAAUGAUAUAAAAGUUCUCAUUGAUAUUGUUGUCAGAAAUAUCUCUGAUUUAUCUCCUGAAGAUGUUCGAAGAACGCAGUAUUUACAAUUAUGCAGGUUAAUUAUGAAAAAUACAAAUUAUGAUGAACAUAGACACAGGAUUGAUGAUAUUUCAAAGUGUUUCACAAGAAUAUUUUGUGAAGAAAGUAAAGUUAGUGCCAAAGAUCAAAAAUUAGUUAGAGAAAUCUCCAAUGAAUAUCCUCAAUACUUCAAAUAAAUUCCAAACUUUUAAUGUGAAAUUAAGUCAACAACUAGCCUCAGCUGCUUUAGCUUUAAGCAUACUUUGUGAUUUUAUAGAUUCUAUUUUGAUACAUUUUUAUUUAUAAAUAUUUAUGAAGAUUCUCUUCAGUUUAUAUCUUUCAGUUUAUACAUCGAAAGAAAUAUAUAUUGUGAUUAUAAUGCCAGCUUUUUUUAUUUUACUUAGUUUUCAUAGGCAUAUUAUUUAAUAAUUAUCUAAUUCAUUCUCUUCAACUUUCAAUUUGAUAUUAUUCAUUUUUUUUUGUUAUGAAUGAUCAUUACUUUUUUAUAGGCUAAAAUAAAAAAUGAUAUAUCUAUUAUAUAUUCAAUGAAAUGAAUCAUUGUGGAAAUAACCAUAAACAUUAUAUAGAUGUUGAACUAUUCAAAUGUGUGUUAUAUGUGUGAGAAAUUAUAUUUGGGGUAUUUUAUGUUUGCAUAUUAUGAUUUUAUUCAAUAAGGCUUUAAAUUUCUGCUUUUCAUUUUACUAAUAUUUAUGGGAAACUUACAUAGUCUCUUAUCUGUGCUUUUGGUAAUUACUCUUCACAAUCUUGGAUAGUCAUCAGUAAUUUUUGUCAUCAAUAUUUCAAUGAAAAAUGAUGAUAUUUUUCCUCAUAAAAAUGCACAAAUUUGAAACUAUGUAUAAAGUAAUCUGAGUGAAAUAUCUGAUCUCUAUAUUGAUUCAGUUGUAAACCUUCUUAUGACAAUGGAGUACAAAUAUUAUUAAUCGAUAGUACCUACUGAUAAUUUAUUCAAAAGUACCUUUGAAGUUCUUAAUUAUUAUUAUUUAAGAGCAAUCUCACAGGGAUAAAAAAAAAUUGAAACAAGAAUGAAAAGUUCUUUACCAUUACAGUCUUAAAAUAUUUUUAUUCAUGUAGAAAUGACAAUUAUAUAAAUAAAUUCUAUUCUUUAUUUUCAUAAAUAAAUAGGAUAUAAAUAUUUAACAUACAUAAAUAUAAUUUGGCUGUUUGAAACUUAACAAGAUUCAAGGUACUGAAAUAUACGUAAAAAAUAGCAGCUUAGACUUCUCCCGUCAUCAUUUCCAUGAAUUCUGCAAAAAAAUUCAGUAUUUAAUAUUGUGGAAUCAAUAUUGUUAUUAACUAUUCAAAUAUAAUUCUACUGUUUAA